AUGACAAACAGAGAAAUCAAAGCCCUCUGGGCCGGCCGUCUCCCGCCCGACCCCGACGCCGGAACGCACCCCAUCCCACCAAACGGCACCAACGCCGCCGCGCUGGCAAUGUACACGCGCCGACAACUCCUCCGCUUCAUGGAAGACCCCGCACACGCCGUCGCCAUGUUCGACGAAGGCAGCCGACGCUGGGACUGCUGGACGGUCCCGCGCGUGCCGUCCGAGACAACGGAAACAGGACAGGCCGCCUGGUACGACGCGCAGUUCAGGCCCGCGACUGCAGGGCUGGGCGGGACACAGCCUGCGCGCCCGCACACAAGACAGCGCAUCUAUGUGAAUAUAGCGUCGCUCAACGUUGUUGAUCCGAUUCAGAAGCUUAUUGCGCGGGGGAAGCUGCAUGCGCUUGCUGAGCUGAAACGACGAGGGCGCUGGGAGCCGAGUGGGUAUACGAUUGACGGGGAGAGUUACCUUACUGCGGCGUGGGGUGGGGGGUUCAAUACGCGGACGCUGGUCUUCCAUUAUAUUGCGUGGUGCUGUCGGCAGAAUCGGGAGUGGGCGAUUGUCCGCAACCGCGACUGUCCGAGUAUUUUCUCCGGCUCGACGUUUGAGUCUAACCUUGAUCUGCUGAUCUGUAAGGAUUACAGGGCGUUCAGUCGGUUGUGGACGGCGUUGUCGCGGUGGAGCGUGCAUCUACCCGGUGGGCAUGAACCCCUUGUUAUACCCGGCCUCUUUGGCCCGGCAACCCCCCGGCUGUCUACAGAGUCGCUGGCGAUUCUAGCAGAAAAGAUCACAGGAGCCAUGUUCCACUCGCUCCGCCGGAACAACGGCCUCGACCUCGUCGACCACAACAACCAGCUCGCCAAAUUCAACAAACUCCUCGCCGCCGGCGCAAACGCCGACUUGUUCCUGCGCUCCGCGGACGGCCUGCGCAGUCUGCCGUACGAGGCGCAGCGGAAAUGGCGGUUCAUCGCCGCGGCCGUGCGGAUGGACGGCAACAUUGACCCCGUUGGCCCUGUUGUCGGUGGCGGCGUGUGGGGCGGAACACUGCACCAUGUUAUUGUUGCGGCGCUGGAGACGAAGAUCCAGGGCUUGAAUAAUAGUGUUGCGCUGGGGGUGUUGACGGCGCAGCAUGCGGCUGCACGGCGGUAUAAGCGGUAUGAGCAUGCGCGGCGGCUGAUUCGGCUGGUGCGCGCGGGGAAUGGGGCUGGGGUUCGGCCGAAUCUGGCCACGUUGGAUGUGAAUGGGGCGACGGCGCAGCAGUGUGUGCAUGAUGUGGCCAGGACGCAUGGGUUGCGGUUGCAUAGUAUUGCGAGGUUGUUGGAGUGA